GGGCGUGUUUCUUUUUUUCAACUUUUUUCCCUCCGUUUGAAAUUGAUCUGUGUUUCCAUUUAUUUAUUUGUUUAUUUAUUUUGCCACUGAUUCUGUUCCUGUGUUGUCAACCUGGCAGCAUUCCAAUGGGGCUGGAAGCCUGCAGCCCUGAACCUGACUGCGAUCCCAUGGAUGCUCCUGCCUCAGUGGAUCGGGUGCGUGGGGGUGCUGAAUCAGCAAAUCCAAGGAGCCGCAUCGUCGUUGUUGGUGCGCAUGGGGUAGGAAAGCGAGCACUCGUAAGACGACUGAUACAUUUUGAGACGGAUUGCGGGAAUGCGGCUUGGGAUCAUGAGAGCAAUUGCCACGAGUGGACAAUCGACACCAAGUACUACAGCGUUGAUGUCGAUGUCGCUGUCGCUCGAACGGAUGAUGGGCACGUCAAUAAAGAUGGGGAAGCUGUGCUGCCCUGGAACUGCGAGGCUCUUGUGAUGGUCUUUGACUUGAGUAAGCCUGCAACCUUCGCAUCAAUUCAAUCGUGGGCGUCGACAAUCGAUCUACGACGGUUUGAGAUUCUGCUUUGUAUUGGGAACAAAGCCGAUCAAGUCCACGCUAACGACAACGAGACGCGGGGCGACGACCGAUCCGGAUCGCAAAGUGGAACGCUAAAUCCCCCGGGUCCGAGCACUACCAGCAGCUCAAAUGAGGCGGCGCCGCCAGUUGAGGCCAGGCUGUCGGCAGGAUCGGCAUCCUCCGCCAUGCCUCUCCACUCGUCUUCGUCAAUGGGAAUCAGCACGGCAACAAUAAGCUCCGAGACUCCGGCAGAGUACGGAGCGCCCGUGUACUUGGAUUGGUGCUCGAGCAACUGCAUCGAAUAUGUUGAAGCGUGCGCUGUCGACGAGGUAUUUGACAAAGCCAUACAGAUCGAUGGAUUUGGCCAGGGUGUGGGUCGGAUUCGUAAUGCAUUAUCAGCCCAUAUGUGGCCCGGAAUGCGGAUGAAACCGCUCCCAGGGCGGGAAGAGAUGGAGAUGGCUGCAGCAGCUCUAUCAGGUCUGACCACUAAUGAUCAGCAACCUCAAGGUGAGCGGACUUGGAGCGAUGAUGAUGAACAUGAUGAUGAUUGGAAGUACCAUCCCCAUGAAUUGUUGUCGAGUGCAAGGGUUCCGGAGUCAUGGAUUCAGCAAGAAGUCCAUGAUGAUCUCGCUUCGUUGGAUCAUGGACCAAGUGGCACACCAGCAGCUCCAGCACUUGCUCCAAGCUCUACACCAUGUCCAAGCUCUGUUCCAGUUCCAAGCUUUGCACCAGCUCCAAGCUCUGCACCAGGUCCAAGCUCUGGGCCAGGUGCAAGCAUUGGACCAGCUCCAAGCUUUGUGCCAGUUCCAAGCUUUGCACCAGGUCCAAGCUCUGUACCCGCGCCAAGCUUCUUACCAACUUCGCCAAUGCAAGGUGGUGGAGAUUCGUCGGCGAAACGCUCUUCACAGGUGUUGUCCUCUGGCGGCGCCAAUGCUCAUUUGCCACCAUCUCCCUCAUCAUUGACAAUGGGUGCAAAAGAUGCGGAUCGUGUUGGUGCGAAUCUCGCAUACGAGGGACAGAGCAGCAGCGUAUAUGAGGAGGGGAUCUCGGGUCAGAUGGAGUGGGAAACUUUUAGCGGGGAGGACUCACCACAAACGACGAAGAAGACUUCGAGCGAGCACUUGGAGAUAAGCGAUCUACAUCAAAGAGCCUCUUCUGAGUCGUUGGCAGCAAAUACAUCACAUCCAGAACUGUCCCUUACUUAUCCUCGUUCCCCACCUUCCCCUCCUCCCCCUCCUCCAGCUGCUGCUGCAGCUGCUGCUGCUCCUGCCGAUACUCCCAUCGCUGUUGCAUCUCUUCCUCCUCCUCCUUCUCCUCCUCCGUGUGCUCCUGCCAAUACUUCGACUGCGGCUGCCACGCCUCCUCCUCCUCCUCCUCCUGCUGCUGCUGCUAGUGCUGCUGUGGCUGCUCGCGAGGGUGGAGAAUUGCGCAAUGAAAGCUCCCGGGACGCAGCACCUGAUGUGGCUAAUGGAAGGGGCAGACGGGAAGGUAGGGGUAGGACUAGAAAUGGAGAAAGGAAUGGGGUAUCUGAUGAACAUGAAGGAGACGGCAGUUCGAUUGACGGUUUUGAGCAGCUCUUAGCCGAUAUGGCAAUGGUUCGGGAGCGGGGACAAGGCAUGCCUGAUCGCCAGCGACGGGAACUCGCGGCAACCAUGGCCAUUAGGAUGGUGCGAAUGCUUGCUAGCGACGACGACGACGACGGCGGCGGUGAUGACGAUGAUGACGACGACGUGUUCUAGAAGAAACUGCUUUAUUUUAUGUGGAUGGAUCUUGUUCUUUCUUCUUUUUCGUUAUGUCGAAGAGAGCAGUGUGCAAAUCUUCCGCGCUUCGUCUGCGGUUUUGUCUUGCGUGCGUCAAUAUUCGAUACGUAUGACAUGAGGUCGACCUGCAUAUUGUUCUUUCGCUGCUUUUUGCCUUCAAAAAAAAGAGAGAGAGAGAGAGAGGAGGAAAAACAGAGAUUGCAUCCAAGCAUAAUGAUGGCCCUGAAAAAUUAAUUGUUUCCUCCUCCUCCUCCUCCUCCUCCUCCUCCUCCUCGUUUCCCCGUUGUUCCUGCGAGCCGGAGCCCAAAUCUCCCGUGGGGAGUAGCUGAUGCAAAUGAAUUCAAUUGAAUUGC